AUGUUCAGAGGACAGUUCAAUGGGCAGACCACGAAUAAAGCAGAUUACGAUCAGAAACAGGCCGAACGAAGUGGAAUAAUCCGAGGAGGUACAGAUGCACAAUUAUUCUCCGGUCCUUUCAACGGACAGACUACUAAUAAAGCAGAUUAUGAUCAGAAGCAGGGUGAAAGAUCAGAAAUCUUAAGAGGUCCAACGAAUACCGAAAUGUUUUCUGGACCGUUCAAUGGAACUACAACGAACAAAAGUGACUAUGAUAGAAAACAAGCUGAUCGCCAACGACCACGGGCACCCACAGACGGUCGAUUGUCAGCUGGUCCAUUUUAUGAUACAACUACGAAUAGAGCAGAUUUUGAUAGAAAACAGGCUGGACGUCCGAUGCCCUUCAGAGCAGCCGAUGAUUCUCAACUGACGUCUUCAAGUCCAUUUCUAGUUUUAUCCACCAAUCGAGCAGACUACGUGAGAAAACAGGGUGAUCGUGCUCUCCCAAUUAGAAACACAAAUGAUUCAUCCACUCUCUCAAUUGCCGCCCCAUUCGAUGGCGAAUCAACGAAUCAUGCAGAUUUCCAACGAAGGCAAGGCGAAAAAUCCAAAAUGACACGUCCCCAUUCCUCCUCCAAUUUAUUGUCGUCUGGUGCCUCGAAAUUCGACGCAACGACCACGACACGCGCCGAUUUUAUUCAGAAACCGCACGUCAGAGUGAUAAACGUAAAACCACGAGAUGAUUCCUUCUCUGGACACGUCUCUCGAUUCGAUGCGGACACCACUUAUCAUGAUGGCUUCCAGGAGAAAAGCGCCGAGAAGCUUCCAUUACAACGAACGAAAGAUGAACUGACUGUUGGAAAUGGAAAAUUCUACGGAGAGACCACACAGCACAGUGAUUUCAUUGAGAAACAUGUUGAUAUCUGUCCAGCUGAAAAAGUUUUAACGAGACGAGACCGAUCAUUCGAAUUCAAGAGAACUGCAAAUGGACAUCGAUUCUACGAGCAACGUGUCACUCAUGGAACUAUCCAACCCAAUCGUCUUGUCCCAGUCGAGGCUUAA